AUGCGCAGAUUAUGUGCCAGUUUUGAAAAACUCGACGGAUGUAUCUCGAUGUAUUGCUACAAUCAACAUGAAUUCAUGAAAACUUUCCACAACAGCGUCCGAGGCGUUGAGGAUACCUUGUACUAUAUGUUGGUCUUCUUUUUAUUGCGGGGCACCCAUGUGUUUUGGCACGGUGAGAACUUCGAAGACCCUGAAGAUCGGCUGUACGAAAAGUCGGUCCGAUUUCCCCGUCACCUCAUAGGUACUCGCAGAACCACGCAGCCAAAGAAAGGCAAGAGAUGCACUCUCUUGCGAUCGAUGUCGGCUGAAGAAGCUCAAGGAAAGUCGACGAGCACCGCAGACACUCAAGCAAACAAGAGGACUAACGUCAUACAGUGUUCAAAGGAAACCCCCACGUGCAUCUCUUGCGCCCAUAGUGGCCACCAAUGUCACUACAGUGGUAAAGUGACUCGGUCACCGUUGACCAGAGCAUAUCUUACUGGGGUCGAGAAGCGACUGCAUGAUGUUGAAGCACUAGUCACUCAGCUUCUACCUGGCGUAAGUAUCGAUGAAGUACUUGCUUCACCAGAAAGAAUCCAAAACGCGGCGUCAAUUGGUGCAGCGCAAACACCGGACCCAAGUCAUCCAUCAGUAGCUUUGAGUCCACAGGGAAGCUCUAUCUCUGCGACCAAUGAGCCUAAUAUACCCGAAGCUGUGCCUAACAGCGUCGAUGGCUUUAAUUGGCAGGAAGAGAAUGUUACGGUGGACAGCCUGACGGAUGGUAUGGCAGCGCUUUCAGUUGAGCCUACGGGCGUCGGCUACCUGGGCUCAACUUCCGGCGUGGUAUUCCUCCGCUGCCUACUAGAUUGGGCCGGCUUCCUACACCAGUCAGGUUCUCAAGCAAAUCAACGUGGACCAGGACCUUCCUUAUCCUUCGACGGAGUGAUGCACUCGUCGCAUAUAUCUCAUGCUGCUCUCACGAAUCAAAUCGCGACGACCCUAAUUGAUGCCUACUUUCAUGACUACCACGUCUGUUAUCCUUUCGUACAUGAGGGCACUUUCCGCGCGCAAUAUCACGAGAUUGUACCACGCCCAUCACAGAGAUCAUGGGACAUGCUCUACUACGCAAUCUUAGCGCUUGGGGCUUGGAGUCUCAAUAAUGACCAGAUUGGACUGGAGGAAUACCUAUAUCGUCGAGCCCUAACAUUUGGUCAACACGAGUCUGUGUUUGAGAAUGCAAAUCUUACCUCUGUUCAAGCGCUCGUUCUUCUGAGUAAUCUCAGCCAGAAACGAAAUAGUCCAAAUACUGGAUGGAACCUCUUGGGUCUUGCGGUUCGCACGGCGCUUAGUCUCGCCCUUCACAGGGAGUUGCCUCAUUGGAACAUUAGUCUCAUCGAACGGGAGGUCAGACGGCGAGUGUGGUGGGGCUUGUACAUUUUUGACAGUGGAGCAUCGACGACAUUCGGUAGAGCGAUCAUGCUGCCUGACCAAGACUCCAUGAACGUGCAUCCGGUACUCAAUAUUGAUGAUGAGUCCCUCACUCCAAGAACUAUAGAGCUUCCGCCCGAGUCCAUUGAACCUACGAUUUACUCCGCUCUCCAGACUCAGAGCAACUUCCACAUGCAAACCAACUACAUCUCGAAUCGUCUUCUUGCCGACCCCGGCCUGUCGGCCGAAGCCGCUCUUGCCCUGAAUGCAUCUAUGAACAAUUGGGUGAAUACGCUCCCACCUUACCUCCAACUUCAUGUGAUACCAUCAUCCCAACUACGGUGGUAUCUCUUUGCCCGAGCAAGGCUGUGGUGGAGGUAUUGGAAUUUGCAAAUCAUCGUUUUUCGCCAGAUUUUAUUACGCAGGGCGAUAUCCGAGAGAGGACAGAUUCUAAACCAGGACACCCAGUCGCACCAAGUAGAAUGUAAGCGAAUCUGCCUCGAAGCUGCGCAUUCGACUAUUGUGUCAAUACAUCAAUAUGCAGCACAAGGCUUGGCUAGGCUGGAGGGCUGGUAUGCCACAUAUUUCUUGUUUCACGCAGCCUUGGUAGUAACACUUUGCAUCAUUAGCUUUCCUCACGCAGAUGAGGUGAAGACUUGGUACGAAGAUGUUCGAUUGGCGAGAAGCACCUUUCGCGAACGUCUGAUUGAAGACUCGCUAUCAGCUCGCUGUGUGGCUAUUCUAGACCAGGUCGUCUCCAAUGAUGAUAUGAACUCGGGCCUCUUUCAAGAUUUAGAGUUGGAUAAAGAUGCACUGAGCAACUUCCCUUGGUCAGUCGAGACCAAUGAGUUGUUCAACUCCUUCGACUGGAAUUUGGCUACUAAUGGGUUCUAA